AACAAAUUCCCAUGUAACUAAACGUUUGGAUUAAAUCAGGGUCGAGAAUUGCGCCAGAUUUUGGCCCUUUUCUCUUAAAAUCGUAAAAAUCGCCGAAAUGGUGCUACCGGUAAUACAGUUCCCUGUGCCAGUUUUUUAGGUUAGUUUGAAAAAGCGUCCGAAAUGGACGAAAGCACGAUAAAAGCGGCCCUAAAAUCGGCUUUUAAGUUCGAUUCCUUCAAGUCGGAGCUGCAGCAAGCCGCCGUUACGGAAAUAUGCCAAAGGCAGCACGACGUGCUGGUGUCAAUGCCCACGGGCUCGGGCAAGUCCCUAUGUUACCAAUUGCCCGCGGUUUUGCGCCCCAACCAAACCACCAUCGUUUUUUCGCCCCUUCUAGCCCUAAUCAAGGACCAAAUCGACCACUUGAACGCCCUCAAAAUCCGCGCCAAGUCCCUCAACUCAAAAACCUCAAAGUCGGACCGCGACGCGCUCAUCGCCGACCUCAAAUCCACGCAGCCCCUCACGCGCCUCCUCUACAUAACGCCCGAACAAGCCGCCACGAAAACCUUCAAAUCCCUGUACGAUAAUUUGGUUAAAUUCGAUAAAGUCGCGUUUGUUGUGGUAGACGAGGCGCAUUGUGUGAGCCAAUGGGGGCACGACUUUCGCCCCGAUUACCUCAAACUGGGGGAAUUACGCGCCAAAAAAAUCCCCUUUGUUGCGCUAACUGCAACAGCAGGCGCCGAAGUCACCAAAGACAUCAUCACGAGUCUCAAACUCGCCGAUUUAAAACUGUUCAAAACGUCGUGUUUUCGCGCCAAUUUGUACUACGAUGUUUUGUUUCAAAAUUUGAUCGAAAACGAGUUUUUGCAUUUGAAAAAAUUCAUCGUUGGGUGUCUUGAAGACAGUCAAGACUGCGGUAUUGUCUAUUGUCGCACGCGCGAACAAACCGAAGCCGUGACCUUCAAACUGAAUAGUUUGGGGCUCAAGGCUAGGGCUUACCACGCGGGGCUCAAAAAUACCGAACGGUUGCAAUGCCAAGAGGAGUGGCAAAGGGGCGACUCACAGGUCAUUUGCGCCACAAUUAGCUUCGGCAUGGGGGUUGAUAAGGCAACAGUGCGGUUCGUGGUGCAUUGGGGGGUUCCCAAAGACCCAGCUUCGUUCUAUCAGGAGUCGGGUCGAGCAGGCCGUGACGGCAAGCCGGCCAAAUGCCGCAUUUAUUACAAUCGAGGCGAUAGCCGUGCCAUUUUAUUUCACCUAAACCAUGACCUUGGCAAAGCCAAGGAUAAACAAUCGAGGAAAAUUAAGGCCGAAAAUGCGUUAAAAAGUUUUAAAAAAAUGGUAGAAUUUUGCGAAAAUAGUGACUAUUGUCGCCAUAAGUUAUUCAGUGAUCAUUUCGGGGAACCACCGCCUAAAUGUAUCAACAAGUGUGAUUAUUGUACGGAUAAGAAGGCUGUGAAAAAAAUGGUGGAGGAGUUUCAUGUACGAAAUAUCGAAUAUAAUACGGUUGGCUUGAGUGUGCAAAGUGAGGAUUAUUCCGAUUUGUAUGGAGGUGGUCGCAAGGGGAUGGAGGAUUUUUACGCAAAUGAGACGGGUUCUGAUAGUGGGGAACGUGAGAUUAAGGCACGGAACGAAUCAAAUCAAUUGAUACAAAAGCAAUUUGCACUUAGACGUAGCGCACAGGACGUGUCGCAAAAAACAGUCGAGAAGUUGUUUGCGAAACACUCACGUGUGAGGGCGCCAGCGUCCACAUCUAGUAAAGUUAAAGGCUUGACGUUGGCAACUCGUGAACAGUAUUUAAGCAAAAUGGUCGAGGUUUUGCACGAUAAUUACACCAAAUGUGCAGAGGAGCAAAUUUUCGACCGCAAGGACGUGGAGGAUUGUGCAAUUGACGUCGAAUACGGCGUUUUUUCCGCCAAUACCAACAUGACAAUGUACCGUAGCUCCAUUGCCCGAAUCAUUUCGGCGAUAAAACGCUCAACUGAUGAUAAUGUUGUGUACGAGGCAUUGGUGAGUUUCGCCCCAAAACCGGCCAAAUAUGCGACACUCACCGAUCUGUUCCGCAACAUCGAAAAAGAGCAAAGACAGCAGGCAAAGACUGAAGUGAAAGGGGCUGCGUUUCAAACGGCGGCACAGGUCUACCAAGUGCAACAGACGUUUAAAAGUGAGGGCAUGGGGGAGAAAAAACGCGAUCUGGCCAAUUUGUUCGGCGACGAGUCGGACGAUGAAACGGCCAAAAGUAAGGAGGAGAAUAACGAGAAGAAGGAGCGGAAACGGAAGCAUGAGGACAGGCAUAGGCGGCACGAAAAGAAACAGAAGACUGGCGGCGAGUCUUCCAUUGAUAAAGAGUACGAAAAGUUUGUCGAAUCGGUAGAAAGUAGCACCAACAAAAUCAAAAAAAAUAAACUCAAAAAGACGGAAAUUGGAAAUCUCGUUGUCAAAUUACUAACACCAGCCUACGUCGAAAAGCGAUUUGAGUCGAGAGACACGUUCAAAAGCACGGCGAGAAACAUCUCACACGCUUUAAUUGACAAAGACGAGAGUGAAAUUAAGGAGUACGUUGAAGACUUUCUGAAGAAAAACGACGAAAUCACGUCACAAACCGCAUUAUAAGUUUUAGUUGUUUUUGUGUUACAUAACUAUUUUGUUUUCAUUUGUGUAACAAUUGCCACAGUAAUGCGACUACAAGCGAGUCCUGAUACGAAUAAAUAAACGUGUUUUAUUCA